UUUCCAUAGAAACGCUUCUCUGCGGUCCGGUCUACGGGGGUCUUAGGUUGGCGGCGAUGGGCACUGGGGGCGGGUGGCCGUGCCUUUUGCUGCCGCCACCAGCGACCUGUCAUCGAGGACCUGUAUGAGGUCCGGCUGACCCGGACUUACCUGUGGGGUGCGAUGGACUGGUCGCCGGACCAAGUGCCCUGCAGUCGGCAGGAGUAUGGGGCGGAGUGAUGCACGCGGGCGUCUAGCGUCUUUCUACUUGUCAGAGAAUCACUUCGGACAGUGCGCCGGUGGCUUGCUUUCUCGAGCCCAGAACCCUUUCCAGGGUUGGAACUACCCCGCGUGGCCAGUGGGAGGUCCCCAAGGACGGAGUCGAAAGGUCAUAUCUAUCAGUGCUGUGUGACAGCAUAGCGACCGCAGCUGCAGAACCUGAACUAGAUCCGUGAUGCCUCCUGCUUGGCUCUUUCAAGAUGGAGGGGAAACCUUUGGGCGAGCCUUCUCAAUUGGUGUCUAAACUCAAAUUUUCCACCAAGGUAGAAAGCACAGGACACUGGCUCGUGGAAGAUCAUGCUCGAAUAUGGGAAGUAUUAAAGACAGAAGAGAGCUCGAUUCAGGACUGGGGUGAAGAGGUAGAGGAAGGAGCUGUUUACCAUGUCACCCUCAAAAGAGUCCAGAUUCAACAGGCUGCCAAUAAAGGAGCAAGAUGGCUAGGGGUUGAAGGGGACCAGCUGCCUCCAGGACAUACAGUCAGUCAGUAUGAGACCUGUAAGAUCAGGACCAUAAAAGCUGGCACCUUGGAGAAGCUUGUGGAGAACCUGCUGACAGCUUUUGGGGACAAUGACUUUACCUAUAUCAGCAUCUUCCUGUCAACGUACAGAGGCUUUGCCUCCACUAAAGAAGUGCUGGAACUGCUGCUGGACAGGUAUGGAAACCUGACAAGCCCAGACUGUGAAGAAGGGGGAAGCCAGAGCUUAUCAGCGUCUAAGACGGUGAUCCGGAACAACAUCUCCUUCAGCCUGGAAGAGGAAGAGGAGGAGGAGGGUGGGGAGUCUGUGGAGUUCACGUGCUUCUCGGAAGAUCUCGUGGCAGAGCAGCUGACCUACAUGGACGCGCAACUCUUCAAGAGAGUAGUGCCUCACCACUGCCUGGGCUGCAUUUGGUCUCAAAGGGAUAAGAAAGAAAACAAACAUUUGGCUCCUACGAUCCGUGCUACCAUCUCUCAGUUUAACACCCUCACCAAAUGCGUUGUCAGCACCAUCCUGGGGGGCAAAGAACUCAAAACUCAGCAGAGAGCCAAAGUCAUCGAGAAGUGGAUUAACAUUGCUCAUGCCAAGGGGCCAGUGGUUUGUCAAGAUGGGUUUCCCAGCAACAUCUCCUUCAGCCUGGAAGAGGAAGAGGAGGAGGAGGGUGGGGAGUCUGUGGAGUUCACGUGCUUCUCGGAAGAUCUCGUGGCAGAGCAGCUGACCUACAUGGACGCGCAACUCUUCAAGAGAGUAGUGCCUCACCACUGCCUGGGCUGCAUUUGGUCUCAAAGGGAUAAGAAAGAAAACAAACAUUUGGCUCCUACGAUCCGUGCUACCAUCUCUCAGUUUAACACCCUCACCAAAUGCGUUGUCAGCACCAUCCUGGGGGGCAAAGAACUCAAAACUCAGCAGAGAGCCAAAGUCAUCGAGAAGUGGAUUAACAUUGCUCAUGAAUGUAGGAUCCUGAAGAAUUUUUCCUCCUUGAGGGCCAUCAUUUCGGCACUGCAGUCCAAUUCCAUCUAUAGGUUAAAAAAGACUUGGGCUGCGGUCCCAAAGGACCGAAUGCUGAUGUUUGAAGAACUUUCAGAUAUUUUCUCAGACCAUAAUAACCAUUUGACCAGCCGGGAGCUGCUGAUGAAGGAAGGAACCUCAAAAUUUGCAAACCUGGACAGCAGCGUGAAGGAAAACCAGAAGCGGACUCAGAGGCGGCUUCAGCUCCAGAAGGACAUGGGAGUGAUGCAAGGCACAGUGCCCUACUUGGGCACCUUCCUGACUGACCUGACCAUGCUUGACACGGCUCUGCAGGACUACAUCGAGGGUGGGCUGAUAAACUUUGAGAAAAGAAGAAGGGAAUUUGAAGUGAUCGCCCAAAUAAAGCUCUUACAGUCUGCCUGCAAUAGCUAUUGUAUGACUCCAGACCGAAACUUCAUCCAGUGGUUCCAGAGACAGCAGCUGCUAACAGAGGAGGAGAGCUAUGCCCUCUCCUGUGACAUAGAAGCAGCGGCCGAUGCCAGCGCCACCUCACCCAAGCCUCGGAAGAGCAUGGUGAAGAGGCUCAGCCUACUGUUUCUGGGGUCGGACCUUAUCGCCAGUAGUACUCCCACCAAGGAGCAGCCCAAGUCCACCGCCAGCGGGAGCUCUGGCGAGAGCAUGGACUCGGUCAGUGUGUCAUCCUGCGAAUCCAACCACUCCGAGGCUGAGGAGGGCUCCCUCACUCCCAUGGACACACCUGAUGAGCCUCAAAAGAAGCUCUCCGAGUCCUCCUCGUCAUGUUCCUCUAUCCAUUCUAUGGACACAACUUCCUCAGGGAUGUCAUCUUUGCUCAAUCCUCUCUCCUCCCCUCCAUCCUGCAACAACCCUAAAGUCCACAAGCGCUCCAUCUCUGUGACGUCCAUUACCUCGACAGUGCUGCCUCCCGUUUACAACCAACAGAACGAAGACACCUGCAUAAUCCGCAUCAGCAUAGAGGACAACAACGGGAACAUGUACAAGAGCAUCAUGCUGACAAGCCAGGAUAAAACUCCCGCUGUGAUCCAGAGAGCAAUGCUGAAGCACAACCUGGACUCGGACCCAGCAGAGGAGUACGAGCUGGUGCAGGUCAUCUCGGAGGACAAAGAACUCGUGAUCCCAGACUCAGCAAAUGUCUUUUAUGCCAUGAACAGCCAAGUGAACUUUGACUUCAUUUUACGCAAAAAGAACUCCCUGGAAGAGCAAGUGAAACUGCGUAGCCGGGCCAGCUUGACAUUACCCAGGACGGCUAAACGGGGCUGCUGGAGCAACCGACACAGCAAAACUACCCUCUGAAGGGAGGGGCCGGCGGUGCUCGCCGAGGUGGGGGCACCAAGAACAGGCCAUGGUGAGUGCAGCUACCACCCAGUGGUAGAGGGUCAUCAGUGAAGUCAGCAGAUACUUACUGAGUACCUCUGGUGUGCAAGGCUCUAUGAUGGGCAUUGCGGGGAGGUCAGAGGUGAAUUUGCCAUGAAAGGGAUGAAGGAUUCACUGAUUCUCUUUGAGCUGUUUGAGACUGAAAUGCAAAAUUACCCACAUGUGUAAAUAAUAUAUGUACACAUAUUUGGUAUGUAUGUGUAUAUAUAUAAAUAUAUGAGGGACUUAUGGGAUAUUCUGGACUAUGGAAAAACAAAUUUGCACAAUGGCCUGGGAAGUUGAGGUCACUUUUUACAGGGAAAUAGAACUGAGAACCUAAUUCCAUACCCUCCGAGUAAUUGGAAGCAGCCCUGGGAAUACAGAGUGUGCUUUGCGCCAGUAUUACAAGAAGUCCAAACUAUUUUUAUAAAGAGAGAGGGUUACUCUCUCAAUCAAGUGCCACCAGAGAAGAACAACUGUAGAGGCUGGAACUGCCACUGGCGGAAUGAAAGGCCACUUUGGAAAGGGUUUGGAUGAGCCAGUGGCUUUCAACUUCUGCCUGCAUCUGCAUUUCUGCCAUCCCAGGGAGGGCAAGGACGACCUUCAGAGGCCCACCAGUCGGUCUGGCCCACUGGCCCAGCCGUCGUGACAUCGCUGGCAUCAACCCAAGCCCACUUUGAUUUCUGGCGACCACAUUGUGUUUCUGUUCCCCCUGCCGCAAAGAACACAUCACACGCAUUAUUGCAUAGAUAGCCAUGUUCUUUGGUUAUUUAUCAGCCCAGAAGAGAAAACGCAAAAGAGUGGUGACUCAUUUGGACCCUGUUUGUGUUGUAGUGCCACGACUUCAUUGCCUUUUCGGACUGCCUUCUUUUGCAUGUAAAACUCUCUGUCUCGAGUCUUUUGCCAUCGGGAUCGUAGUACCUCUAUACUAUGUGCAAUUUGUUCCUCAGGUGUAGAAAUUCCUACUGCAAUUGACUACAUUUGAUCAUUUCGAGUCUGUGAAAGAUUUCUGGACAGCAAUUGCUCUGGUGAUUGUUCCUUAGAAGAUGUUCCAUGCUGAUGAGAGCAUCCCUUUUUACUUAUUAACUUUUAUAGCAUUACUAUGCCUAGUCAUGGGCAAAGAAAUGGGGCUGCAUAUAUUAUCCAAACUGUUUCUGAGGAGGUACUUCCUUUCACAUGGAAUCAAGAUUUCUUUUUUUCAGGUCCCCAACUUGCUAUCACAGUGUCACUUGUUAAGUGACAUUCUUUUCUCUAGUAACACCAUCACCCACUCCCUUUCAAAUCUAUGCUGUGCUGGGGUUGGAACUAAAAAGCCAUAUUUGGGAUGUUGACAUAUGUAAGAAAGCACUUUCAGAAUGUUGUCCUUCUUAAGAAAAAAUUCUCAAAAUACCAGUUUUUUGUUCCAAAAAAUAAAGAGAACGAGCCCAGAUACGAAGUGCAGAUUGCAAUAUGGAGCUUUUUUUUUUUUCUAACCCUGCAAGACAGUUCCCAAAGGUUAUGUAAGAUUUAUGGUAUGUAAAUAGCUGUGCGACAUCCACAAGAAAUACCAGGGAGUUCAGCGUUUUGGAGCAGUGGACCGAAGCAUGAGGCAGGAAGGCCGCAGAUUUCCUUUAGGUCUUUCUAGGAGAUCAGACUGGGUUUCAACUAGUCUAAAAGCACUUUUCUUUUGUUUGUGAGGCUGAUGUGAUCUGUGCUUGGAGGAGAUAGCCAAGGUGCUAGCCAUCAUGGAGAUGGAGUAAAUGUAGCCUCAGCCUGAAUUUUUUGGCUUGAAGAUCAAAAAGAAAACAGAGAACUGUUGGAUUGAUUUAGAGUGUGGCGACCAAGUUAUAUUGUGCCCAUGUACUCCACCUGUUUGUACUGGACAUACAGAGUCUAGAUUUAUAUACUGCAAUGUAAAAAUAUAUAUAUUUUUUCCUUUUGUAAAGACAAUGGAAAUUCCAAGUAGAUAAAAUAUAGCCUCAUUUAUUUAAUGCCA